GCACGGGAGGAAGGAGGAAGCCGCCAUCUUGGAGCGUCGAGUCGCCAUAACAAGGCAUCAAGGGAGAGCGAGAGGAUUUUAUACCUGGGCGAGGGGGGAGCGCGGCUGGUGGCGAUUGAAGCAAGUGAAUUCUGAUAUAACUCAACUUUGUUAGAGGGCUUUUUUUAAAAAAAAGUUGAUCCACAGUGCAUCAGAGCAAGUUACUACUUUACCUUUGAGUGACUUACGGGUGCUUGCCUGCAUUGCAAUAAAGGACUCAUAUAUUGAGCAAGACUUAUUUAUCUCUUCAUUUUGGAGAGUCUAAUAAACUGUUAUUACAGUUUCUGUACUGACUUUCAAAGUUUUGAAGUCUAAAAAGACAUCUUUAAAAAUAAAAACAUGAGCACGGCCAGAACAGAGAACCCUGUUAUAAUGGGUCUAUCCAGUCAGAAUGGGCAGUUGAGAGGCCCUGUAAAACCCAGCGGGGGCCCAGGAGGUGGAGGCACACAAACUCAGCAACAGAUGAACCAGCUGAAAAAUGUCAACACAAUCAAUAAUGGCACUCAACAGCAAGCACAGAGUAUGACCACCACUAUUAAACCUGGUGAUGACUGGAAGAAGACUUUAAAACUCCCUCCAAAGGAUUUGAGAAUCAAAACUUCGGAUGUGACCUCCACAAAAGGAAACGAGUUUGAAGAUUACUGUUUGAAACGGGAGUUGCUGAUGGGAAUUUUUGAAAUGGGCUGGGAAAAGCCAUCUCCUAUUCAGGAGGAGAGCAUCCCCAUUGCUUUAUCUGGUAGGGAUAUCUUGGCUAGAGCGAAAAACGGAACAGGCAAGAGUGGAGCCUACCUCAUUCCCUUACUUGAACGGCUAGACUUAAAGAAGGACAAUAUACAAGCAAUGGUGAUUGUUCCCACCCGUGAACUAGCCCUGCAGGUCAGUCAAAUUUGUAUCCAAGUCAGCAAACACAUGGGAGGUGCCAAAGUGAUGGCAACAACAGGAGGAACCAAUUUGCGAGAUGACAUAAUGAGGCUUGAUGAUACAGUGCAUGUGGUGAUAGCUACCCCUGGGAGAAUUCUCGAUCUCAUCAAGAAAGGAGUAGCAAAAGUUGAGCAUGUCCAGAUGAUAGUACUGGAUGAGGCGGAUAAGUUGCUGUCUCAAGACUUUGUUCAAAUAAUGGAGGACAUUAUUCUCACGCUACCUAAAAACAGGCAGAUUUUGCUCUACUCAGCCACUUUCCCUCUGAGUGUACAGAAGUUCAUGAAUUCCCAUUUGCAGAAACCCUAUGAGAUUAAUCUGAUGGAGGAGCUGACCUUGAAGGGAGUUACCCAGUACUACGCCUAUGUAACUGAACGUCAGAAAGUACACUGCCUCAAUACACUGUUUUCCAGGCUCCAGAUUAACCAGUCGAUCAUUUUCUGCAACUCUUCUCAACGGGUUGAAUUGCUAGCCAAAAAGAUCUCCCAGUUGGGCUAUUCCUGCUUCUAUAUCCAUGCUAAAAUGAGGCAGGAACACCGCAAUCGUGUGUUCCACGAUUUCCGAAAUGGCUUAUGCCGGAAUCUUGUUUGCACUGAUCUGUUUACCCGAGGUAUUGAUAUCCAAGCUGUGAAUGUGGUAAUAAACUUUGAUUUCCCAAAGCUAGCAGAGACGUAUCUCCAUCGUAUUGGCAGAUCAGGUCGCUUUGGCCAUCUUGGCCUGGCCAUCAACUUGAUCACCUAUGAUGAUCGAUUCAACCUGAAAAGUAUUGAGGAGCAGUUGGGAACUGAAAUUAAACCCAUACCAAGCAACAUUGACAAGAGCCUGUAUGUGGCAGAAUACCACAGUGAACCUGUAGAAGAUGAGAAACCAUAACCAUGCUUUGAUUACACAUGCCAGAAGGUGAAGCCCUUUGAUCCAGAUCUGUGACACAUCGUUUCUUUGGGGAUACCCUUCUCUUUGUGGGUUUUUCUUCGUCUUUUCAUUUUGGAACUAUGAAGACUAAAGAGCUUGGCCUUUUUUCUUUUUAAAUUUGGCAGCAAAGAAGAAAGAAGAUAAAAGGAGGAAUAUCUUUUUGUUUUUUCCACUUGUUUGCACUGUGUGCUGAUUGAACAUUAGUUGCACUAACUGCUGGUUUUAAAUUCUUUUUCUUUGGGUGGGAGGGGCAGCAAGGGAAGAAGAGAAACCCUAAAAAGAGAAGAAUCUUGAUGAACACAAGCUUGUCUGCUAUUUCAAAUUCUCCAGCCACCGACUGAGUGCAUUUCAACUUCUCCCUGGUUACUCAUCUGUUUUUAAGCUAAACAGCUUGUUACUUAUUCGUGCAAAGUGCCUUAUGCUAUGAGACCAUUCAGAAUAUUCCCCUUUCCGACACAGCCCAAGGAAUCAACAGCUGUUUUUUUUUUCAGGUCAAAGUUCCCAUUUCUUCCCCUUCUCCUCCCCAAAUACUCAAGCCCAGGGCUGGGAGGUGAAAUGUAUUGGUAAUACUACUUUUCUGUUCAAUUUUUUUUUAUUAUUAUUGUUUGGAGGAGUUGAUAUGCAUCUGCAGUUCACCCACACUGUAAAUACCUGUAUUUAAAACAAAACCAACUAAAAAUCUGGGCUGAUUAGGUGCAGUAUCAUAGCUCCAGAAGGAAAGAGUAGCCUGUUAUCCUUUGCAGGAGCCAUAAGAAAAGCCCUAUGCUCUAGCAGAACACUAAAGACUGGUUUCCAUAAGUCUCCAUUAGUAGUUACAGCACUUGAUAUGUAGACUUGUUUCAGAGCCAUGGCCCUCUUUCCUCUGGUGCAGUGUGUCCCAUAGAAAAUCAGAUGUGUAUAUUGUACAAACUUUGUAAAUACGAUUUUUUUUCCUGUUUGGGUUCAUAUAUAACUUUUUUGAUGAAGGUUGCUGGGGUUAAAGGGAUUUGACUGAUUAUGGGAGCAGCUAAAGAUGAGAGGGGCUCAGUUUUCUGCAACACUAAACAACAAGAAGUGCUCUGACCUCUGUGAAGAGCAGACCUCUACAAGUGUCCCUUGUCAGAGUGGGUUUGCUCAGAUGUUGGCAACACUGUCCUGUACCGCUCUUACGGAAGAGAUUACUUGCAGGCCUGCAAGGCCUCAAACUCCAUAGCUCAGCCUGUUUGUGAUGCUCUUCAAUUUCCCCCUUAGAAACUUCAGGAAUUUUUACAAGCUCUGAAGGGGGCCAAGAUCUGUGUUCCACCAUGGCGUGAGGGAAAUCCAGCGGGUGUCAGUGUUGCUGAGCAGUAUACGCAUAAGACAUGGAUUUGGGUUUAAGAGAAACCACAGAAAAACCAAUUUACAUGCAUAAACUGACAGUUCUGGAGCUUUAUGGAAUUGAUUCACCUCCUGCAGUGUUGUGCAUUUUCUGCCCAAAACAACCUCUGUAGAGACUUGUAAGCAGGUUAGGGCGAGCCCCUGUUCAUGUCAGAAGCUGCAGAAAGCUGCUUGCCAUGUUCUUUGUUUUGGCAUGAAUUGCUCUCUGUCAUUCUGCAUUGUAUAUUGCUGGAAAAUGCUUUCUGGUCAAGUAGUGUUGCUUUAAAUUGUGCCCCUCCCAACAUGCUUGAUGUUUGGCCUGAUCUACAGGCAAAAGGAGUGAGGCAAAUCAAAAACCGUAAACUUUUUAAAUUCCCUUUUAGCCUGUUCAACAACACUGUUAGGAGGCACCUGGUGAAUGCAAUCCCUUUUGCUCAGUCACUUAUUGUGUGUACAGAUGCUGCACUCACACCAUGCUUGCUUACCUGGAUGCAGGAAUCAAUUUUCUUAAUUUCUCCCCACUUUGACUUUUUUUUUUUUUUUUUUUUUUUUUAAUACAAGUAAAGCUGGAACUACCAGGCAGACUUACCCACCAGUUUCCUUGAGGAUCAUAAGUAGAGACCAGGUGCCUCCUGGCAGCAGCUUUUCAAGAUGGAAAGGGUUUUUUUUUGUUGUUGUUUUGUUUUUGUUUUGGGUUUUUUUUUGUUUGUUUUGGUUUUGUCAACAGUGACUCCAUAAUUGUAGCAAAUGCUGCACUAGAGUACAAACUCAAGAGCUUGGUCACAGACACUCUGUGAGCCACACAGCUACGUCUGACUGGCAGCAGCCAUUACGUUUAUGUAUUGAUUGGAACCAGUCUCUGCCUUCAGUGAUGAGCCCAAGGUCAAAUAUUUCCUCUGACCAAGAUGAAGUUGAUCAGAUUCUGAUGUACUCUGCAUUUCUUCCCCUCAGAAGGCUAAAAGUGUCACCCAGUGAAUCUGAUGAAAUGGAACUUCACAGCUGAGUGAAAUGACUGUGAAGAGGGUGAUGCAAAUCUUCAGUCAAUUUAUUCUAGAUAAACUAUAGGCUGGCCUCUGGGUCCAUGCUCUCAGAGUGCACUACAGUUGCUUAGAGGACUUUUACCAAAGGGAGGGGGGUGGGUUGGUCUCAAAUACGUAUUUUAAUUUCCAGAAUGAGAUGGGAGCAUCUUUCCUUUGCCCUCUGACAUUUUAGUGGGUAAAAACAUGGAAGCUCAAACAAAUGUUGUGUACGUGUUGGUAUCAAAUCAUCUCAUUCUGAUCCUAUGUUCUUUAUUUUUACUGUGGGAUGGGGGAGGGUGUCUGCACCAAGAAUUUAAAAAUGCUUUGCACUCUUGUGGUUUCCAUAUGACUGGAUGCAAAUGUGAGCAGGCGGCUGUCCUGCAUCUGCUCCUGUUCUAGAGGUUACAGAACUAGCAUGCCGCACCUCCAGUGUCACCUUCACGGUGAGUCUUGUGUGGGCGCUAGACUGGGUAGUGCUGUUGAGGUCAAGCAGCUGUAGGUUUCUGAUGGCAAAGUGAACUUUGUUCCCAGGAACUCUAGCAGGAUGACUGCCGUUGUAAGGGCUGGCAAUAGUAGUCUGUGCAAGGAAUGUUUUGAUUGCUAUGAACUUCCAGUCUUCUUUUUGAAUCAGGAUUUUUCUUCAUAGUAAGCCAAGUCUCUGAAGUCUCUGGAGCAGAGCAUGCAUCCAAGCUUAAAAGAUAAGGCUUUGGUGGAUAUUUUCCUUAGGUUUUGCUCAGUUCACUAUUGCAUUGCUAACACAUCCCCAUGUGAAAGCAUUGUUAAAUUCUGCUGUAGACAAGUCAGGGAAGGGUAAGGAGGGGUGGGGGGGAAAGGGGUGGGUUUAUUAAGAUACAGCUUUGCUGUAUUUUAACCAAUAAUUAUGGGAAAAGGGUGUCAGGAGAAGAAAAUAGUCACUGUUCCCUUUAUUGAAAGAAACUGAAACUUUAUUUCAAGAAGAAAAAACUGUGACUCAAGUGAGAUGUUACAAUCCACUGGUCCCUAGUCAAGAAGUUGAUAUUUUACAGAUAACCAGUGAACAACAUGGACUAGUCCUUCAGAACAUUCAAGGGAGGGAGGGGAAAAUUGGCUUUCUGUUAAAUCAGUAAUUGGCAAACUCUCCAGUGGAGCUGGAAUUCUGUUGAGAAGGUGUUUCUGUGGAUGUACGUGUGUCGCAACACUGACUUGUGAAGAGCUUCAUGAGUUCAGAGUGCAGAAAAGAUGAAUGGUAAAAUCCUGAUUUUGUUAAUGAAACUCAAUAAAAGCUCCCUGGAACUCCA